CCUUUUAUUUAUAUUACUUGGAUCUAGUUGUUUUUUUUUUCGAAUUGACAACCGAUUUCAGACUUAUCCACGUGGCAACAAAUAAUCCAAAGGUUCUCCCCCCGAAAUCGUCAUCCUUCACGAUGGGUUCAAAGCAACGACGCGGUGAAGUAACGCUGGCUUUAGUUGAGUCGGUUUGCGGCUGAAUUGUGGCACUUCAGCACAUUACUUGCUGUGGUGGAUUUUCACGUUUAUUAAACCCAUUCUGUCAACGACGCGUACAGUUGACAUAACUUGUCUCGUUGUUUGUUUUGAAAACUAAUUCAUUCUCCAUUAUCCUCCGUUUGGUGUUUGUAGAGGAUGUUUCCAGUGUGUGCGCUCUCUGUCAUCUGGGCCAGGCGCAUGCGCCAUUUCCUUGACUGUUAAGUUGUAGCUUCUCCACCAGCGGCCUUGCUGGUGUUGAGUUUCUUGGCUCCAGACAUUCGAACAUUCAGGAAACAGUUUUCAUGGCGGUUUUGAAUUGCAGCUUUCCCACCUGGAUAUCUUCUCGAUACCACUGAGCUGAGCCAGUUGACCUACGCGGAGGGUUCAUGGUUCAAGGCGAGAUGCCCGAGGCCGCCGACAUGCUCAACCUGGGCUUCCUGUCCGACUCUGAGCGGGAGAAUAUCCAGGAGGUGCUGCAACGGGACGAGGAGUUUCGGCAGGCGGAGCAGGAGCGCGUGCGGGGUAUGAAGACAGAGUUGCUGGAUUUGAAGAGGAGAGGGGCCAAACGUGGCAGUGGACGGUACAGUGAGCAUAGUUGUGCCAGAUGCCAGCAUCCUCUGAGUCGACUGAAGAUUUUCUCCAACAAGUGUAAGAUGUGCAACCACCAUGUGUGCAGCGAGUGCCGAACAGCCCUCCCCGACAGAUCCUGGGUGUGCCACGUGUGUGCCAUUGAGUCGGAGCUAAAGAAAAGGACGGGUGACUGGUUCUACGAUCAAAGGAGCAACCGUUUCUCCAUGACACCUCUAAACGAACUUGUGAGAGCCUCUCUGAAAAAGAAACCUCAGGCGAAUAAACGUGAGACAACGGGAGAAGUACUGUUGAGGAGUACUGAAAUAAACCCAGAUCUUCCCAUUCCUGUGCCACGGGUCAGGCAGAUAAAUCCAAUAACGGAUAACAAAGGGUGCGUCAUCAUUAGUCACAUCAGUUUGGUCAGUUUAAUAAAUUCUGAAUGGGUUCUCAGAUUAAGAACAUUUCAACCUUGUCAUGUGUACAGUCAUUCAAAAGAGAAUUCAGGAUCAGUGGCUUCAAGGGAAUCGUUUGAAUUGAAGGAGGAUGUUUGCUCAAAGUCAACUUGCAGUGACUUGGAGUCUGCAGAGAACAAGAGUAUAAAAACAUGCACGGAUUCUGGCCAUGUGACCCCUGAGCAACAACGGAGUGAAACCCCAUUGGCUCCGCCCAGCCCAACAGGGUCCACUGUUUCCAGUCCGAUUGCUCCAGUCAAAGUCGUUAGCGUUGACAUGGAAGCUAACAAUGCCCCAGAAGUGAAAUCGCUCAGCCCGAGCCCGAUCCCGGAGACAGAUGUUGACAAGCUCUUCAAGAAGAGCAUCAAACGGGACCCAAAACCUCCUGAGCAUGUAUCGGCACUGGACCUGCAUGAUGGAAUCGUCUCAUCAGAGGCCUUGAUGGGCAGCCGGAGCAAGUCUGUGCCGGGCCUCAACAUGCAGGAAGAUGGAGAGGAGGACGAAGAUAUUGACAGCUUGGUUAGCUUUCAUAAAAGCACAAUAGUGUCAGGCUCGUACAGCCUGCAUAGCUCAAUGAGUACACUGGGCAGCACAAUGAGCAUUUACAGUGAAGCGGGAGACUUUGACAGUGUGGAGGUGAGCGGAGACCUCGUCUUCUCCCUCUGCUACGACGAACACACCCAGAGCCUCCACGUCUUCAUCAAGGAGUGCCAGGGGCUGGCCUACGGCAACGCCGCCAAGCAGCUUUCCAACCCAUAUGUCAAAUGUUAUCUGCUCCCUGACAAAACUCGCCUGAGCAAAAAGAAGACCAGCAUCAAGAGAAACACGGUCAACCCCGUCUACAAAGAAACCCUGAAGUACUCCAUCAGCCGCACUCAGCUGUUCACCCGCUCCGUCUUGAUAUCAGUCUGGCAUUAUGGUCGCUUCAGCCACAACGCCUUCCUCGGCGAGGUAGAGGUCCCUCUGGACACCCGAGACCUCGACACCCCGUACACGGACCGCAUGACUCUCUUGGGGAAGUCAGCUUCUGCUGCUGCUGCUGGUGGGCCUGCGUCACCGUUUGCUCAGGACAAAGGAGAGUUGGUGAUCUCCUUGAAGUAUGUCACACCUAAAAAUCCAAUAACCGAGAAAAACAAAGACAAAAAGGCGGUGAUUGAAGGGGGGGAACUGCAUGUCCUUAUUAAAGGGGCCAAUAAGUUGAUUCCAAUGAAACCAGGAGGCACCUUGGAUAGCUUCGUAAAGGGAUACUUGUUCCCAACUAAGGCAAAGACCACAAAAAGGAAGACUCCAGUUGUGAAGAAGAAUCUGGACCCCCAAUACGACCACACGUUUGUGUACAAGGAGCUGGCUCUGGAGCAGCUGGGGGAGAUGUGUCUGGAGCUGACGGUGUGGGACAGAGAGGCCUUGUCGAGCAACGAAUUUCUGGGAGGACUUCGUCUCGGCUCCGGAAAAGGCACUGUAAAAUCCGGAAAAGUGGAGGUGGAAAUGGACUCCGUUGGAGAGGAAGUCAGUCUGUGGGAGAAGAUGAUGCAGUACCCGGACUCGUGGGCAGAGGGCACUCUUCCACUGCGCUCGACGAUGGUGACCGGCAAAUGAGGACAUAGAAACCAGAAACUGAAGAGGAGAAGCUGUGGGGGUCUGUGACAAAUAUGAGAUUGGAUUAUUAUAUUAUACCUCCACACUGGUCGACUGUAAGCAGACACACAGCUCACUGGCCGGCUGAACAUCUGCCUCCCUGUAUGGGGGUUGUCUCUAUCAGCGUCCCUCCAACUGUGGACUGGUGUAACUGUUGGAAAUCUGCCAAAACAUCUAAACACUAAACUUUGGAUUCAUUUUAAGAGCACUUGCACAGUCAUUUUUUUUUUUUUUUUUAAAGAUUCAGGCUGUAUAUAUUAUUGCAACUUUUUUUUUAAUGCAUGCACAGAAAGUGUUGUAAUGAUUCACCUUUUUCCAUAUAAUUGUACAGAAUUAAACAGGAAAACAAUUUAUUUUAACCUGG